AUGUCUCUAUCACGCCCUUCCACUGCUUAUGACCUCUCAACACCCCAAGAAUCACUUUUCGACCGGGAACGCGAGCGACUCAUCGAAGAAAUAUCAACGAACUUCGAAGAACUAAUGGGGAAUAUGAACAACCUGAACAGGACUUUGGAGCAGGUUUAUGGAGUGGGAAGAGAAUUCACCACCGUUUCAGCGUUGUGGGGCAGGUUCAGCUCACUGAUCAAAGAGCAACAGACAGAGCUGGCGGCUUCGGCAGACGUUGGCGUUCCGGGCACGGGAGGAGCCAACUUUGCAGCCAGUACGACCAACAACCCCUCCAAAUCAUGA